UCUCUUUGUAUUGAAGUAAUCAUCCUCGUUUCAUAGGGAAACAAACAGAGUUGUUUUGUGUUCAGAUAAAAUGCAAUGAAAUAAGAAUCGAAACAAUUUAAAUGAAAUUUUUUAGAAAUUUAGUCGUGUAAUUUGAUAGAAAGGGCGCACAAUGAAUGUGGUUUGGAACAAUUUGAUGAUUAGUUUGAUUUUGUUAACAGAAGUCCAGCUGCAAGAUUUACCUAAGAUACAACCAUUUAAUUUUCCAAAACAAGUUAUACUUAAUCAAAAAGUUAGUACUACUUGCACUGCUAUGUCCGGUCCUCCGCCUUUGGAAUUUUCUUGGUUGAAAGAUGGAAAAGAAAUCCAUACUAAGGAUAAUCUAUCAAUUCAAACUUAUAAAGAUUAUUCGGUAUUACUUAUAGAAAGAGUUGAUGUGCAAUCUGCAGGAAAUUAUACCUGCACACUUUCUGCUUCUAGUGGUGUGGAUAGAUAUACAGCUUCUCUAGAGAUCAGAGCUCCUCCCAAGUGGAUAAAAGAACCAGAAGAUAAAGACAUAAAAGUUGGAAGCACACUUAUACUGGAAUGCGAGGCUACUGGAUUACCCUCACCAGAUGUAUCUUGGAUGAAACUAGACGGUGAAUCUCGUAAUGGUUUCAAAUUUAUUUAGAAAACUCCCUGGAUUUUGUUGAAUUAAAGAAAAAAAAAA